AUGCCUAAGAGAUUAAGUGGGUUACAAAAAGAAGUCUUACACCUGUAUAGGGCUUCCAUACGAACGGCUCAUACAAAACCAAAGGAAAACCAAGUUAAUUUUGUGAAUUAUAUUCAUGAAGAAUUUGGGAAGUAUAGAAAUUUGCCAAGAAAAGACUUCACCACCAUUGAACACUUGUUACGGGUCGGAAACAAAAAAAUUGCCACCUUUUCACACCCUGAACUGACGAAUAUACAUUGA